CGAGGGGGCAAACUGAAAGAAUAUGAAAGUCAGUCGCCACCCCGUCCCCCAAGCAAAGUGGUUUUUGGUUUUAAGGGUAAACCUUUAGGCGGAGUAGAGCAGAGAUGGCAGGCGGUACUUCCUUAUCAAAAUUUGCUAAAAGUUAUUGUUUGCGGUUGCACCGUAGUCAUUUCUCUGCCAAACCCUUCUCCUCUUCUUCUUCUUCUUCUUCCUCCUCCUCUCCUCGUAACACCAGUAACAGUACUAAACUGCAGCAAGAAACAAAUCUUGGACUUGAAGAUGACGUCCCCGUCUCGGGAAUAAGCAGACCUCUUUCCCACAUUCUCAAAGAAUUGAACAAGAAAGUGCCGGAAUCCCUCCUCAGGCUCCGCACGGAACCUACUGGCGUCUCCGUCAAAUACAUCCCCUGUGUGGGAAAGGGCAAUGUCAUGCUACUAUCAACUUCUAUUCUUUGCAGGCACAUAGUUAAUCGGAUAAUGAACCUACAUGCACCAGAAUGGUCUGGUGAAGUCCGCAGCAUAACUUAUUCAGCUGAUGGGAAAUCUGUAUCUGUUGUUUAUCGUGUAACACUUUAUGGGACUGAUGCAGAGAUCUUUCGGGAAUCAACAGGGACUGCUUCAAUUAGUGAGCCAGGGUACGGGGAUCCUGUGCAGAAGGCAGAAGCAAUGGCAUUUCGUCGAGCUUGUGCUCGCUUCGGGCUUGGACUGCAUCUUUAUCAUGAAGACGUGGAAUAGUGCAGUUGUAAGCUGGCGCUGUGGCAAUUCUGCUUGGGAUGUUGUAUGUUUCUCGAGAGUUGAGGUCCCUUUUUCCAUGAGGGCAAUAGGGUCAGAGUGAUUGAACCAGAUGAAGUGUGUAAUGAGUUUGGGUUGGUAUAAUUAAUUCAGAGUUUAAAGCUUUUGAAGUUAGAGAAUUGUAAGAUAGCGGGCUGGCUCAUAUGGAGUUGAAUUGGUUAAAAGUUUAAUAUUUGGUAGCAAAUGCAUGUGUUGACAAGAAAAGUGAACGAGUAUAGAUUAUGAGAAAUCUUGAAAACUAA